AUCUUGCAGCCAACCUUCUUGAUUGGUCAUGUGUUGGGUACAUCCACUGUCCAUGUACCACUCCUGUCCCUUCAGCCCUGUUGCUAGCAGGCAUGCUCCAGAAGCACGUGCAACAUUGGCCUUGUGUGCACCUCCAAGAAUCACGUCUUCAUUGCCGUUGUUCGCCUCUGCAACGUUGGCUUUCGCAGGUGAAUGAGGUUUGUACUGCUGCUGCCCACCCCUGUAGUUUUUGCGUGUAGGGUUGGAGUAGCAGUAUAUUGCCUUGUGGCCAUACUUGUGGCAAUAGUUGCACGUUCCAGCAAACCCGCUUCGCAGCCGUUGUCCAUCUCCACUUGCUCCUUCGCUGGUUCCUUGUCCGGUUGCUCCCAUCCCUUUGAAAUUCUUGCUCCUUGGGUUGGAGUAGCAAUCGGCAGCUUUGUGGCCCUUCUUUCCACACUGGAAACAUGGCCCAAAUGUCCUUGUUGUCCCGGUUGCAUUCAGAAGUGCAGGUUUGUCACUGCUGGAAUUUCCAGCCAUGACAUCCUUGCGUUCAUCGUCCGCUCGGAUCAGCUCCAACUGCUGCAAGUCAUCCAAGAGGUGGAGGACCAUCUUCCUCCGUCGCUGCCGAAGGGUGGUAGAGAUGCCACAGCCCCACCUCCCUUGCGCGCCUCAUGAACUUCAGCCUCCAAGUGCCGUAGUUCGCUCCAUUGAAGCGUUGCGCUUCACUCAGGCCAAUCGUCGGUUUGGCCACCACAUGCCCUUGAGCAAGAGCAUCCAGGAGACUCUGCAUUUGAGAGCUGCCAGGGUUCACGGAUGACCCUGAACUAGCCUCAGCAUCUCCAUUCCCCAUGGCUCCAACUCUCCCUUUGCCUCUGCAAGACACUUAGGACCUCCACAGCUCCAACGCCCUUAUAGUGAGGCGUAAUGUGACUAUAACGAGGCUCUGAUACCAGCUAUAGGAUCGCAAACGCCUCUGGCUGACGUUGGAGAGACUUAGUUGACGUAGAAAGUUUCAGCAGUUUCUAGGGGAGAAUUUGCCCUGAAAAUGAGUU